AUGGUUUCCUUCGAGAAAGUCAAACUCACAAACAACGAACUGGACCAACACGGACACAUCAUCCUGAACUCCAUGCAUAAGUACCAGCCUCGAGUCCACAUCAUAAAGAAGAAGGAGCACACGGCGUCUCUGCUCAACCUCAAAUCUGAGGAGUUCAGGACCUUUGUGUUUGUGGAGACCGUGUUCACUGCAGUCACCGCCUACCAGAACCAACUGAUCACCAAGCUGAAGAUCGACAGUAACCCGUUUGCCAAAGGCUUCAGAGACUCCUCUCGGCUCACAGACAUGGAGAGGGAGAGUGUGGAGAACCUGAUCCACAAACACUCGUACGCUCGCUCCCCCAUCAGGACCUACAGCGGAGACGAGGAGGUGGGGGAGGAGACCCACCCUCAUGCCAGAGGCUCCGCCUUCUCUGCCUCUGAGAACCUGGCCCUGAGCUCCUGGGUCACCUCCACCUCGGGUUUCUCGGGGUUCCAGCACCCGCAGUCUCUGUCGGCAGGUCCCUCUCUGCCUCACCCCAUCCAGGGCUCCCUCCCCCCCUACACCCGACUGGGGAUGCCCCUCACGGCCGGCGGACCCACCUUCCCCUCCUUCCACAUGCCGCGCUACCACCACUACUUCCAACAGGGGCCCUACGCCGCCAUCCAGGGCCUUCGCCACUCCUCCACCGUCAUGACGCCCUUCGUAUGA